AUGAUGCCUUCUAGCACGGCAAAGACCCAUCAACUGGGUCGCCAGGUCUGGACGACCGUCCGGGAAUCGUUGGACUCGUGGGUGUGGCAUCUGCCCUCCCGAUCGCCUCCCCGUUCGCUGACUGGCCUGGGCAUCGGCCACUCCUUUGCGUCGCAGGUCGUCAGCCGGGAGCCCAUGCGAAGGUCCUUCUUCCACAGCAGUAGCCGGAGGCUUUUCGGUCAUUGCGCACCUGCCACUAAGAUCUCGCCGAAUAAUCUCGCCGUCGACGUCAUCGUCCGGCGUCGUGGCCACGUGCACGGCCGCAGCCGACACAGCCAUGAGCGGGACCACAAGCCAAAAAAAGGCGAGCAUCGGCCGGGCGGCUCGGCAGGCCUGGCAGCAGCACCGCAGCCACCACACGCUCCGGCGAGGACUGCCGGCUGUCUGGAAGAAAUGACGCGGCGAUGCGAGAGCACGUCAACGAGCGACAGUGCCAAGAGAGCGGUCGAAGCGGCGACGCCAGCUAAAAAGAGCCCAGGCGAAGUGCCAGAACCGCCACCACCACCACCACCACAGCCCGGAGACGAGGAGUCUAUAGCGGCAUCGAUGUCAAAGUACCUGCAAUCCCACCUGCCCAAGAUCCCGCAGCGGCCGACAAAAGAAGAGUUUAUGGCGGCAGCGACGGGGUUCUGGCAGCGGCUGCAGGCGCGUUUCAAGUGGCACUCGAUCCGCAGCAUGCGGCCCUGGAAUGCGGACGAAUGGGGGGCUUUUGUGUCGUGGAUCAUGCUGGGCCACCUGUUGUGGAUUCUGGUCGGGACCACGACCUUCUUCUCGAUCGUGAUCCUGCUCAUCAACACCGUGUUUGCGCAAGAGGAACUGGCCAAAUGGGUUGGUGACUACCUGACGCAGUCGGCCGGCGUGACGGUCGUGUUUGAGUCAGCCAUCGUGCCGAAGUGGAAGGGCGGCGUGAUCACAUUCCACAACGUGUUCGUGUCGCGGCGGCCGGGUCAGGUGAAGUCGUCGGUCAAGAAGGGCUCGUCCAGCGAGGCAGCGAUUGCAGCAGCCCAGCAGAGCCACGAGCCGGACGGCGCAGCCGUGACGGUCGAAGACCACGACGACGGCAACUACACGCAGUUCGACGUGACGAUCAACAGCGUGGAUGUGUCGCUGUCCUUUGUCAAGUGGUGGAAUGGCAAGGGCCUUUUGCGGGACGUCGAGGUGAAGGGUGUGCGCGGCAUCAUCGACCGGACUCACGUGCAGUGGGCAGCCGGACCGCUGGAUCCACUGUCGUUCCGUCACGUCCAUCUGCCGGGCGACUUUGAGAUUGAACGGUUCAAGCUCGAGGACCUGAUGGUGACGGUGCACCAGCCAAGCGGAUUCCGGCCCUUCAGCAUCAGCAUCUUCUCGUGCGAGCUGCCGCAGCUGCGGAAGCAAUGGCUCUUGUACGACUUUCUCUCGGCCAACCACGUGUCUGGCUCGUACGACGGCUCUCUGUUCACCAUCCACCCGCGUCAGGUGCAGCAGUCGCGGGCGCUGUCCGCGCCAUCAUCAGUGGCAACAACGACGAUCGACGACGUGGUCGACCGCAGCCACCACGACAUCAGCAAUCCGGCCAACGAGCCGGUGAUGCUGGAGUCGCCGCUGGCGUGGAAGAAGUUCUCGCGCCUGCGCAUUGACGGGCUCAAAAUUGACCACCUCAACCGGGGCGACCGUGGGCCGUUUGGCUGGAUCUACGAGGGCAACGUCGACAUUGUGUCGGAUGUGAUGCUGCCGGCCGAAGCCGACGAGGGCAUCGCCAAGGCCGUCAGCGACCUGUACGACAACUUCUACGACCGCAUGGAGGAGGCCGUGACGAGCAACCGGUACAUCACCAUCCUGGACGGCCACUACGGCUCGCGGCGGGAAGAAGAGGGAGAGCUGCCCCAAGACGAGCCCGGGCAGCUGGCCGACGCCUCGCCGCCGCAGUACGUCGUCAUGGAUCUGCGGAUGCACCUCAACGACAUCCGGGCAGCCGUGCCGUUCUUUCCCGCGUCCGAGGCGCUCGGCUACGUCAACGCGGCGCUGAUCCGGCCCAUCGUGGCCUACAUGAACGCCAAGCGUACGUAUAUACCCAUCAACUGUCGCAUCGUCAAGCACCUGUCCGACUUUGACGGCAGCUGGACCAUCUACGACUGCGGCUUAAUGGACGACUCGUCCGCCGAGGUAUACGCCGCGUUUGCGCACGAUGUCGAAGACCAGCAGUCGCGCGUGCGCCGUCUCAAAAAGGUCGGCUUCUGGACCCUCAGCAUGGUCGUGCAUGCCAUCCUGGCUGGCGUCGCCGGCGAUCUGCUUUGA